AUGAACAUGAAUAUGAAUGUCUUAAUGAGGAUAGCCAUAAUAAUAAUAAUUGUAUAUGGAACAGAUGUAGUAGUGGUAGUAGAUUAAUGUACUUGCGAUAAACUUUUAUCAUAAAUGGAUUGUAAAAGUAAGAAAGGAUGUGAUUGGUCAUCAAGAGGAUGUUAAAAAUAAGAUUCUGGAGAUGGUUCAAUAGAAGGAUACUGUGGAUUAAUAAGUGAUGGUAAUAGUUGUGCAAAGACAAAGGGAUGUGCAUAUGUAGAGUCUAAAUGUUAAAUAUUUGGUGGUUGUACAGCAUAUAAGGGUGUAAAUAAUGUAGAAUGUUAAUCAAUAUCUAAAUUUUGUAAUUCUGAUGGAGAUGCGUUUUGUAUAGAACCAGAAAGUUGUAAUUCAUAUAAAACAUUAGAAGAAUGUACAAGUAAAGCAAGUAAUGGUGGGUCAGGUAUAUGUGUUUGGGAUAACAGUUGUAGAGAAUAGAAAUGUAAUGAAGCUGAUAUUAGUUUAAAUACAGAUGAUAAAUGUAAUAAUUUUAUAAAGGGUUGUAUAACAAAAGGUAAAGGAUGUACAGAUAAAUUGGGAUUGUGUUAAUCAUAUAGUGGAGAUAUAGAUAGUUGUGAAGGACUGAAAGGCUCAGAUGGUUAUUGUAAAGGAGUAGAAGAAAAAGAUAAAUGUAAAGUAAAAGAAUGUUUAGAUGCUGAUUCAACAAUAACAACAGAUGAAGAUUGUAAUAAAUAUUAAAUUGGUUGUAUAACAAACGGUUAUGGUUGCACAAAGUCUCCUUUAGGAUCAUGUACAACUUAAACAGGAGAUGAUAUUAUAUGUUCUAAAAAGAUUGGUUAAGAUGGUUAAUGCAAAGGAGUAGUUGAUGGUAAAACAUGUAGUGUUGUUGAAUGUAAAGAUGCACCUAAUACUUAUUCAACUAAUUUAGAUUGUGAAAAAUACAAAUCUGGUUGUAUUACUACUGGCAAAGGAUGUACUCAUUUAUUAGGAACUUGCACUUCAUAUAAAGGUACUAUAACAACAUGCCAAGGAUAUAUUGGUAUUGAAGGCAAGUGUAAAGGAAUAUCAGAUGUUGAAGAAUCAUCAUGUUCAAACAAAGAUUGUAAAGAUGCUGAUUUAACAUUUGAUACUGAUGAAUAAUGUAAUGAAUAUUAACUUGGAUGUAAAACUACAGGUAAAGGCUGUAUUUCUACAUUGAAAGAUUGUUCAUCUUAUACUGGAAAUCAAACUAUCUGUAAUGGAUAUAUAGGAAUUGAUGGAAAAUGUACAGGUGGAACUACGAAUGGUAGUUGUUAUCCUAAAAAAUGUUCAGAUGCUCCUACUACAUUUAUUACUAAUCAAGAAUGUUCUGAUUAUUAAACUAAAUGUGUUGCAAUUCCCACUGGAGGAUGUAUCUAAGCUGGAGAAUGUAAGACUUUGAUUAUUUAAAAUUAAUGUGAAGGAAAAUCUACAUGUUAAUGGAAACCAUAAUGUGUAUCAAAUGAAACUUGUUCUGAUCUCAAAACUGAAAUACUAUGUAAAACAGUAACUUUAUAGGAUAAAAAUACAUGUUGGUGGGUCAAUAGUACUUGUGUUCCUAGAAUUUGCAAUCAAGCACCUGAAACUUUUGAUACAGAUUCAAAAUGUGAAACAUUCUUAAACGGUUGUUUAACAAAUAAAAAAGGUUGUGUAGAUUCAACUGCUAAAUGUACUAGUUAUAAAGGUAAUAAAACAGCAUGUUAAAGUUUCACUAUUAAAUGUACAAAUAGUGAUGAUGCAACUGAUACAAGUACAUGUAAAGAUCCAGUUUGUAGUGAGAAUAAUGAUGCUACUACAAAUGAUGCUUGUUAAUCACUUCAUAGAAAUUGUUUAACAAAUGGAAAAGGAUGUAUUUCAAUAAGUGAAAAUUGUAGUUCAUAUCCAGGAACAAGUAUCGAGAUUUGUGGAAAGUUUAAAGGUAAUAAUUAAUAGAAUCCUUGUUGGUGGAAGUUAGGUAAUUCUUGCUUGGAUAAAGUUUGUACAGAUGCUGACACUUCAUAUAUAAGUGAUGAUGGAUGUGAUAAAUUUUUAAAAGGGUGUGUAACUACUGGAGCAGGAUGUAUUGGAAAAUCUGAAGAAUGUAGUGCAUAUAAGGGAUUAACUUAAGAAGGUUGCUUAAAAUUAUCUAAAGGUUGCUCAAGAAGAGAGAAAUGUACUGUAGAGAUUACUUGCGAUAAAAUAGAUAAACCAACUUCAUAAGAAAGUUGUGAUGCCAUUUUAGCUAAUAGAUGUAUAUUUGUAAAAGAUAAAUGUUACUCUAUUGGAAAUUGUAAUACUUAUCCUGGUAGUUCAGUUGAAGAUUGUAAGAAUCUAGUAGAUUUAAAUUAAGAAAAAUGUUAUUGGACAAUUGGUGGUUUAUGUACAAAUAGAGCUUGUUCAUAAAUAUAAAAUCCAUCAGAUUUAACAGUUUGUGUAUCUCAUAUUUCUUAAUGUGCAAAAUCUAAGGAUGGUACAAAAUGUAUUGAUGUUGAUACAGAUAAUUGUACAGAUAUAGGGAUACCUAAUCCUGCUAAUGAAGAAUAAUGUUAAAAGUACCAUCCAAAAUGUCAUUUUGGUAUAAUAGGUGGAAUUGAAAAAUGUACAAUAGCAAAAAGAUGUAGCUAAUAUGGUCCAUCAAAAGAUGCCUCAUGUUCUACAUUGAUUGCACUAGGUGUUUGUAAAUAAAAUUUAAAUGAUAAUGACUCAUGUUUAGAUGAUACUUGUAAUAGUUUUGCUAAUGAUUAAACCUUAUGUAAAUCAAAAUCAGCUUAUAGUGUUUCUGCUGGUCUACCUAUACCUUGUUUUUAUUUUAGUGAUAAUGGUACUGCAAAAUGUGAAAUAAAAUCAUGUGGUUCAGCAAUAUCUCAUCUUGGUUCUGUUUCUUCAUUUGAAGAUUGUAAUAAAUAUUAUGAUAAUUGUGUCUAUUCAAAAGAAAGUGAUGGUAAAUGUGUUGAUGGUGGAUGUACUGCUAUUAUGGGUUCUUAAGAUGAUUGUUUAUAAUUAAAAGGUAAAUAUUCUAAUGGAUCUAAAAAUGAAUUUAGACUAUGCUAUAAACAUAACAAUGCUGGUAUAUCUAAUUGUGUUGAUAGAAUAUGUUCUUAAAAGUAAGGAAAUACUGAUGUUAUAUGUUAAGAAUGGCUUCCUACUUGUAAAACUGAUGGAUAAAAUUGUGUUGAUAUAACAACUGCUUGUACAAUAAUGAAAGGAACUAAUGAUAGUUGUAAAUAACUUACUGGAAUCGUUUUUGGAUCCAAAUGUUAAGGUAAUACUUCUAUUCAAGGAGAUUGUGUUGCAAAAAGAUGUUAAGAUAAUGGAACAGCCAAAACUGAUGAAGAAUGUAAUAAAUUUUUAAGUGGUUGUAUAACAACUGGUAAUGGAUGUAUUGAAAGAACAACCACAUGUGCUAAAUAAUGGGGAAAUCAAAGUUUAUGUAAAUUAUUGACUGGAAAUGAUAAACCAUGUUGGAGUUUGUCUACUACAAAUAAAGAACCCUGCAUUGAUCGAAUAUGUUCACAUAACAGAGAAGCUUAAACUAAUGAUGAUAAAAUAUAAAUUGCAAUUGUUAAUGAUAUGCAAAAUCAUUUGAAAUUUAAAUUUUUUUAAAUCAUUUAUUAAUUAUGUAAGCAUAAAAAUAAAUAAAGUAAAGAGUUAUCAUUUAUAUUUAAUGUAAUUAAAAAUUUAAGUUAUAAAGUUGAAUAUUAGAAAUAAUAAGAUUUUUAUUUGUAGAAAAUAUUUUUAUAUCGGUUAAAAUGA